GGUGGACUCGCACUACUGCCCUAGUUGUCUGGAGAAUAUGCCGUCAGCUGAAGCCAAGCUGAAAAAGAAUAGAUGUGCCAACUGCUUUGACUGCCCCUGCUGCAUGCACACGCUGUCCACCCGCGCCACCAGCAAAACGCUCCCUGACGACCCAGCCAAGACCACCAUGAAGAAGGCCUAUUACUUGGCCUGUGGGUUUUGCCGCUGGACUUCCCGAGACGUGGGCAUGGCCGACAAGUCUGUGGCUAGUGGUGGCUGGCAGGAGCCAGAGAAUCCUCACACGCAGAGGAUCAACAAACUGGUUGAGUACUACCAGCAGUUGGCUCAGAAGGAGAAGAUUGAGCGGGAUCGCAAGAAGCUGGUGCGCCGCCGAAACUACAUGCCCCUGGCCUUCUCGGACAAAUACGGCCUGGGAACCCGGCUGCAGCGGCAGAGAUCCGGAGCGCCCAUCAGCGCCCUCGCCGGCCUCUCUCUGAAAGAAGGAGAGGACCAAAAAGAGAUCAAGAUUGAGCCAGCUGAUGCGGUAGAAGAAGUGGAACCCCUUCCUGAGGAUUACUACACAAGACCAAUCAACCUGACAGAAGUGACGACUCUGCGUCAGCGUCUGCUGCAGCCCGACUUCCAACCAAUCUGUGCGUCCCAGCUCUACCCACGCCACAAACACCUCCUGAUCAAACGUUCUCUGCGCUGCCGGAAAUGUGAACAUAACCUGAGCAAACCGGAAUUCAAUCCAACAUCUAUCAAAUUCAAGAUCCAGCUGGUUGCUGUGCUUAAACUGUUCUCUCAAUCUCCUCAGGAGAGCCAAGUUCUUCUGACUCUGACCAAUCCAGUGGAGAACAUCACACAUGUCACACUGCUGGAGUGUGAGGAGGGAGACCCUGAAGAUAUCAACAGCACUGCCAAGGUAGCAGUUCCUCCCAAGGAACUUAUUCUGGCUGGCAAAGAUGCUGCAGCAGAAUAUGAUGAGCUGGCAGAGCCUCAAGACUUCCAGGAUGACCCUGACAUUAUUGCCUUCAGGAAAGCCAAUAAGGUUGGAGUUUUCAUCAAGGUCACUCCACAGAAAGAGGAUGGUGAAGUGACCGUGAGCUUUAAGAUGAAGCAUGAGUUUAAAAACCUUGCUGCUCCAAUCCGGCCCACUGAGGAGGGUGAUCAGAGCUCGGAGGUCAUCUGGCUCACCCACCACGUGGAGCUCAGCCUCGGUCCAGUGCUCCCAUAAACACUCCCAACACCUGCAUCCCGACGGCUGGCCGCAGGACAGACUGUCACAGUAGAGGAAUGCACCUGGUGAGAAGCUCUGGGAGAUCCUCUGGUGUGUGGAUGUGUGCCAGGCCUCCAGCCAUGCCACGAGGAGGAAGCUGCAUGGGUGUGGGCGAGGGUACCGUGUUCUUGGAUGACUUGUUCUUCUCCCUCCCCUUGUCUUAGUGUCCCUUAACUACUACUCCGUUUCCCCACACCACUACCUGCUAGUUUAACUUAUAGCACAUGUUUCAGCACCGAGAAAGUUCUAGCUUUCUCCAGAUCUGCACUACACUGAGCUGAUUUUUUUUUCUUUAUC